GAGAUAAAUUAGUUAAGGAGAGGAGGGUUAUUUGUUAACAAGAACAUGCUUUUUGAAGAGAGAUCAGCGUGCUUUUGGAGAAACGGGAAGGCAGAGAGACUAUUUUUAAGGCCGUGGUUACUUAAAACAAAUGUACAUCGGGAGUUUCUUCAAACAUAUCAAAAGCCGUCUUCUACGCUUUGGAUGCACCAGAAUAUAAGUAGUCCAGUUAAGGAGAAGCAGAGGGAGAUGACACGUUCAGCGUCUUUUUUAAAAACUAAAUAUAAUCCUAGAAAAACAGCAAUGACAUUGACACCACGUGCAGUAGAGAGGCUUAAGGAGCUUUUGAAUCAGCCAGAACCAAAAAUGAUAAGAAUAGGCACUAAACGAAAAGGAUGUGCAGGUCUAUCAUAUUUACUCGAAUAUGUAGAUGAACCGGGAAAAUAUGAUGAAACAAUAAUUCAAGAUGGUGUAGCAAUUCUUAUUGAUAAUCGUGCAUUAUUUACCAUUAUUGGUAGCAAAAUGGAUUGGGUUCAAGAUAAACUUGCAGCACGAUUUGUAUUCGAUAACCCUAAUGCAACUAGCACUUGUGGAUGCCAAGAAAGUUUUUCGAUCAAUUAAUAUAUAAUUAUUUUAAUU